AUGUUUGCAGGUACUGAUUGCAGUGAUUAUACUUCUUAGUUAGAUCAUUUAAGUUAUCAUAGUGAUUAAGGACCUUUGAAUAACUCUUCUGUCCAAUCUGCAAAUGCAACCAUUAAAACUAAAAAUAUUCUGAGCUGUAUGCAGCUAAUUCAGCAGUAGUUAAAAGAGGAAGAUAUUGAACACAUAAAUCAAAUGGAAAAUGACAAUACCAUUAAUUUUUUUAAUUAAUACGAUACAUUCAAUAACAACUAAAAAUAGAAAUAUCUCAACGCAGUUUCCUUACAAAAUAAUUGCGAUGAAAGUAACAUUAUAAGCACUGGUUAAUUCAAUAAAAACGUGGAAAGCAAUAACUAGUCGCUGACUUAAGAUAAGAUAGAUACUGUCAGGUAAAUCAAAAAUUAUCUAAAAUCUAAUUUGGAUUUCAAUGAAGCAGAUUCAAAUGAUGAAAACUCCUCGACUGAUCUAUAAAAUUAGUAGAAUAAUCAGUCUGGUAAUUCAGAUCAAUUAGUUGAUGAAGAAGAUAUCAUGAGAAGAAUUCAUUAAAUGGUUGAGCAUUACAAAUCUAUGAGCUAAAUGGAAAAAGAGGGGGACGAAGAAGAGCAAGAAGGUGAGAUAGAAGAUGAUAACAACUAAAGCAUAAAAGAAUAAAACUCAAUAGCAGCUGAAGAAGUUUUCUAAAGCUUUUUAGAAAGAAACUAAUAUUAUACGAUGCAAAAAUAAGUAAAUCUUUAAAAGAAGCGUAUGAUAAAAUAGCAAGAAGAAAACAGCUUACAAAAAAAAAAUAUAAUGUCUAAGAAGUCAAAACAAAUAUGCAAAGAUAUUUCUGAUCAAUUUAAAAUAAGCAUUGGAAAUAGAUCAUAGACGAUAUUAGAAAAAAAAGAAUAUGACAAGAUUUUACAUUAAGCUACAGUUCGCUAUUUAGAAACUUAAGAUUGUUCAUUUAAGCCGCUUUUGAACCCUAAUUCUAUGAAAAUAUUAAAAUAAAACUAGUAACGUACGUAUGACUAAUUUUAUGAAGAUAUGUGUUCGUGGCAAAGAUAAACUGAGCAAAAUAAAGCUCAAAUUUUAAUUAACAUGAAUCUUGAAAAGGAGAGGAAAGAGUAAGAGGAAAAAAAGAAACUUUAAGUUGGCCCUUAGAUAGACCCAAACUCAAUUAAAAUCUUUGAAAAAAAAAAUUAAAAUGGGGAUUUCUUAACUAGACUUGAAGUUGAUAUUGACAAGCGAUAGUUAAAGAAAAAAUAGUUAGAAUUAAACAACCAACCAUCAUUUUAACCAUUAAUUUAUGAAAAUAUAAGAUCACCAGCAAUCAUUAAUUAAAUGAGAAGUGAACAAACAAAUUACAGAAUGCAGAAAGUUAAGGAUGAAUAAAAUACUUGGAAUUAAUUUACUUCUCCUGUUUCUAUAAAAUCAAAAAAAGCAAAUACUAGUUUUACAGUUUCUGACAACAAAUAUGGUAUAAAUAAUUAAUAUUACUAUGAUUCCAAUGUAAAUUUCACAGAAAAUGCUGCUGCAACUCCUUUGAAGGAAAAAAAUAAUAAGACAUUUACCCAAGUUGUAACCAGCUCCAAUAAAUAGCAAAAUAAAUUUAAUGCUAAUUUAAAUUCUUCUCAAAAUAUUAGUGCUAAAAAAGUAAGCACUAGUAACUUUAAUGCAAACAUCUAAGUUUCAAAUGAUUUCUCUAAUCUAAGUGAAUCCAAAAAGAAUUAAUAUAAUUCAAGUAACAAAUAUAAUUCUAAUAGCACUAAGUUUACAUCAAUAAGAUCAAACCAAAAAGAAACACCCUAAAAUAAUAAUAAAAAGCAUUCUAUUUAAUUAAGUUCUAACCAAGAUUUUAGCUAUAGUCCAUUUGAGUCUAAUCCAUAUAUAAAUGAGGAUUCGAUGACAAUGAGUUAAAAAAACUAAAUGGAUUAGUAAUUAUAAAAUGAUAAAAUAGAAAAAGAGUAGUUUGAUUCCUUUAUAAAAUAAAAUUUAAACAAACUAAAAAGCACCUUAAACAAACAAAAUUUAUGA